AUGCCCUCGCUAUCGUUCUUCAAGAAGCGAAAGUCUCGUGAUCACCAGAGCAACCCGAGGAACUCCGUUCAGGACGACAGCAGACCAGACGCGGCUGAAGCGCAGCCAGGACCCAACGCGCGUGAACUGGACCUAGCCCAAACAACGGGAGAACCAAGCGUCGCCGGGACGGGAGCAAGCGGUCACAGCAGCGGGACCGGUGCACUGAUAGCGUCGCCAAAGAGCCCGAAAAACGUGCCCGGGGAAGACGAGAAGACCAGCGCGAGGCUCGCGCGGAGGAGUUCGACUAAGGAGCUCAUCCGUGGGUUCCUGGGCCACUCGUCUCGUGGCAGCCGCAGGGACCUCGACACCGGUAGGUCGAGUCCCAGCUGGACGCCCUCGCGAAGCGCGGCCUCGACGCCUCUGCCGGAAUACCAUCCUCCAAGGAGCGAGCCUGAGCAUGAGCAUGAGCAUGAGCAUGAGCAUGAGCAUGAGCAUGAGCAUGAGCAUGAGCAUGAGCAUGAGCAUGAGCAUGACCCCGAACCCGGGCUUGAGCAUAAGCUUGGACACGGGCUCGAGCAUGAACGUGAGCCUGACCCUGAGCCCAAGCCUGUUAGUGCAAUAAGAGCAGCAGCAGCAGCAGCAUCUGCAUCUGCAACAGCAGCAGAAACGCCAGCACAACCAUCGCCGAAGCUGCGUAAGAAUCCCAGCCAACGACCACGCCCAGUCAGUGCCAUCGUUGCGACCCCAGACACUGGAGGCAGCCUGCCGAGCCGUUGGAAGUCACAGAGGCUAAAGAGGCUGCAGAGCCUCGCGUUCAGGUCGCGCGAGAAGAAAGACAAGGACAAGAACAAGACAGAGACGCCACAAGUAACGGUCACACCAGCCACAGCGACAUCAACCUCUCCCUCACAACAUUCAGCAACGGCAUCCGGCUCCUUCUCUCCAGGAUCACCACGUUCUCCUGUCAACUCAGACAAGCCAUUGCCAUCUCCCCCUCCCGAACAUCAAAGCACCCCAGGGACCACCACUUUCAGCCCGCCCCUGAAGCUCAACCGCAUCAUGGCAACCCUGUCUGACCAGGACAUCGAGAAGCUCUUCUCGGGUGCCCCGCAGUUCUUCGCGCGGGCUGAGGGGCACUACACCGGCGCGCCACAUCCCUCUGUCGCCUUCCCAUGGGACGAGGCAUUGACCAUCAGAGACCUGACCGACCACACCCAGAUUGACGAUGCAGCUUGGGGGUGCAUCACCGCAUGGCCCCACAUCACCCGCGAUGUCGACAAGGGCCCAUCAGCCUCAACAUCCAAGAGAGUGGCCGCCAAACGUCGCGCCCACUUCUUCCCCAGGUGCAGGGAAAGACCAAACAUGCUCAGCAUGCAAGGGCUUGAGAAGGGCACAAUGGGAUACCAGGCUGCGCUGGAACUGGGUGUCUCGGAUUCUCUCAAGGAGGAGCAGUGGGGGUUCGGCAGCCUGGGCGCCAAGGACAAGGUCAUUAUCGAGUCCAGGCAGUCCGCGCUGACCUCCAAAGACGGGUUGAGGAGGAUGGAUGAGACCACAGUUCUCGACCAUCUGAUGAAGAAUGCGCAGCGGUAUCAGGAGCAGCACCAAAAAGACAAAGCUACAUGUCACGAAUUGUUCCAGGAACUCUUCACUCAUAUUCUGCACCUGCCGAACCGGUCACUCACGGACCCCUAUAGCCUGCCUGUCCAGAUCAUGGCUCUGCUUAAGGUCCUUGCGGCGCCGAAUGUUUGGAUCGACUUUUCGCAUGUCGAGUGGAGGAUACGGCUAGGCCAAAUUCUGUGGGGGACCCCCGAUGACGACGACGAAGAUAGUGUAAGUGAUGGUGCAUCUAUUACGGAUGCGGAGGAUGCCAAGGGCCUGCAUGAGGAGAGAUACUGGCUCUUGCUGCAGAUCUUGCUUGCUUGCGAGCUGCUCGUGCGCCUGGACGCAAUCACAGAGGGCGACGAGCUUCCGGAGGAUGUGAGGCGCUCGGAUGUCUAUCGAUUUGAGCGGGACGCCAAUACCUCCGUGAAAUGGUCGCUACAUCUGGCCCGAGCAUGGUUGGAGAAUAUUGAGAUCACCAAGACGAAACCAUCAGGAGAACAAGAGCCGCCCAAAGGCUGGCUAGCGAAUCUUACGCACAAGAUGACACUGACUAGUGAUCGUCCACAUUCCAAGCACCACGAUGCUCAUAAACAACACAAAGAGCAGUCCAUAUACGUCAUGAAGGGAAAGUACUGGGAGAGGCAGGUCCGCGGCCUGACACAUUUCGCGAGGAGGCUCAAGUGGCCGGAACUCGAGAGACAGGCAUCGCUCAUUUCCGACAACUGCCGUGCGGUAACGGAAGGAACGCCUCUUAACACGCCGUUGCAGACCCCUUUAUCGACAAGAACAAACAAAACAACGUCGUCGUAUUUCACAGCAGCGAAUAAUGAUGGCUCCCUUGAGAGGAAGGCCUCACGGCGGCAGAAGGUCGGCGCAGCGCUGCAUCCCGCUGGCUGGCUGUCGAAGAGUUAUGUGUCGGGGUUGAUGCUUCCAGGUGAAGGGCUUUACCACUUCAUCAUGUCGACUUUAAUCGAGAAUGAUGUGACCGCGAUGACGAGGCUUGGGCCGAUGGCGAAUCUCUGCGGGGGAUUCAUGUACCAAGGAAAAAGCUUUUGGAGCACGGCCUGCGUGGUUGGACGGGUCCUGGCUGCUGGAAAGGGUGCUGUAGAAUGCAUGGGGUGGAUAUCGAGCGAUGUCACGCCCCUUGGUCUGGGGGAUGGCUGGGUCGAUGUCGACAUUGAAGACAUCCCUGAGGAUGUCAAACGCACUGGUAAACAAGCGAGGCUUUGGGGCAAGCUCGCGAUCGAGCGGGAGUCCUCUGUCCUUGGAGAAGGCUCUGAGCAAGACUCCAUUUUACCCGCCGACUUCAUCAUUCCCUUCGAAAACAAUUACAAGUCUCCACCGCCUACAAUCAGUGUCGAGCUGAGGUCACUUAUUUUGUCUGAGCCUCUUGAUUCGGUCCAGACGACACCGACACUGGAAAUCGCAACCCCAUUCUCUGACUGGACCACUCCCUUAGAGAUGAAGACAUAUACGCCUACAAUCACCUUCAACGUCACCAAUUGGGAGGAGGACGAUGAUAUAAUGGUUACAGUUCCUGUGGCCAAGGAUGUCUACUUCGUGACAGCCCACCCAUGCGUCCCUUCGCAACAUGUCAGGAUUCUGAAGUCGCCAUCCAGUCCUACUAUCCAGCAGUUCGAUCUUUCAGGCCCGUUUGCGCCUGGUACUGGCAAGCAAUCUGGCCAUGCCAAGAUCAAAUGCCACCCACUUCACAAAUACUAUACCUAUACCGCGAUCCACCUAUCCGAUCUCCUCAACAAACCCAAUUGGACGCUGGAACAGCUACUAACCGAUGCCUCGUCCAACUUUGCCCCGAGUAUCGCCCCAUCAUCCAGCACCGACAAACCGCCUCGUGUCCUUGUCAUCGACGCCAUGACUAACUUUCUGCCGCAACCGGAGGCACAUGAGAUUCCCCUGUCACCAGCCAUUAGCAGGGCCAGCACCAACCAGAGCUCGUCGAGCCGACACUCGUCGCUGAGUAGUGCCAGCGGGCGUGGCGGCCCUGACAUGGACAUCUCAGGAAUGUCACCCGAUCGGGACGGCAAGAACAAGGAGCGGGACCGGGAGAAUAAUGGGAAGGGCACGACCGAACAGAAAAUGCAUUCCGAGACUAGGAGGCGGCAGUUUGGCAGCGACAUGGAGAUCCUCGUCAGGGCGCUGUGCGCUGAGAGGGGAUGGAACGCGCUGAUUUCCCGCCGGAGGCGCGGGUGUCUUGCUUGUGCCAUCCGUGAGGCCGGCGCACUGGGGUGGAAGGUUGUCAUACGGGUUGACUGA